GCGUUCAAGUUCUUGCUAAAUUCUAGUUCCUUCUAUAAUUUUUGGUACACAGCAACUGAUUUUUAGAGACGCGAGUGACACCAUUCACAAUCAUUCGAAAUUAAAAAUGUCAGAAAGUACACAUACUAAUAUAGAUAUUGUACAGCCCAUGCCUGUGGCCAUACCACCAGGUUCACCCAAAAAACCAGUGAAAUCUACUGCAGUUGUUAAAUACUCUGUUGUUCAGACACCGGCAACGUAUGCUCAGUUGCAAUGCAACACAGAUUUAAAUUUACCACCGAGCAAUUGGCUCAGCAGUUCUGCGGAAAGUUAUGGCCUACAGAGUGUAUGGUCUCAGACCUCUGGGUUUUCCAGUUUCCGUAUGGCACACAUGUUUCCUGAUUGUGUUGGGGAAGUGGACGUUGUGUCAGAUGCAGAAAAUAUAAAAAAAUUACUGAAACUGCCAUAUAAUCAUGGUGUGAUAUCUAUGAUGGUUCACAGAAUUGAAAACACAUUAUUAUUGGAUGACUUUGACAUUCAUAAAUAUUUACUCAGACAAGCAGAGAGUGAUUGGGAGUGGCUAAAGAAAUUCUUCUACGAGCAUAUUUUCCAGGAUUUGGAAGACAAAGAAAAGUGUUUAUUUCGCAAGACAAACAACAGAAACACUUUACAGCAGAGAAAUUUAGUAUCCAAGUUCUUAUAUCACUCUAUAGUAGUGGCAGACAAUAAAGAGCAACAUGCAAAGCCACAGUUACCUGUGAAAACAUUAGAACCUUGUUUGCCAGAACCUUCUCAAGAGGAGAAAGUACCAGAUCCAAAUUACAACCAUAAUUUUGCUAGAAAUAUUGUUUGGACAUUUGAAAACAUACAAAUGUUGAUUGGUACAGACAUACCAAUAUUUGGGGGACAGACACAUCCAUGCAUAAGUCUACGUUUAAGGGAUAUGACUAAGCCUAUUAAUGUUUUAACCGGUAUUGAUUAUUGGUUGGACAACCUUAUGUGUAAUGUCCCAGAAGUAGUCAUGUGCUAUCAUUUGGAUGGUAUAGUCCAGAAGUAUGAGUUGAUAAAAACAGAAGACCUGCCAAAUUUGGAUGAUUCGAAGUUUAGUCCUAAAGUUAUUAGAGAUGUUGCACAAAAUAUUUUAAGUUUUCUAAAAAAUAAUGUAACAAAGGCUGGACAUACUUAUUGGCUGUUUAAAGGCAAAGACGAUGAUGUUGUAAAGCUGUAUGAUUUAACAUCUUUGUGUCAUGAUGUAUCAGAUGAAAAGGGUCAGAAUCCAUUCAUUGUGCCAGUUGCUAUGUUAUUGUACAGAGUGGCACGAAACAUGAAGUAUUCUUCUGACUACCACAGACAGCAGGGCACUAUUAGAAUGCUCUUGAAAAAUUGCAUUCAAUUAUUGACUAAAGAAAAGUAUCCUCAGAUUGUAACAUCUGCUCACUUUAUGUUGUCUGAUCUUUAUAUACCAUCAGACACAGACCCUGCUAGUCCAGGGCUUUCUGACCAGAGCGACGAAGAAGAUACUCAAAGUGAAUCAAGCACAAAUCAUGAUAAUGACAAGGAUGAGGAAGAAGAUGAAAGAAGCGAGGAAGCUGCCAUAAAGUCUUUAACACUAGCUAACAUUAAAGAACAUAAGACUUGUGAAGAACCUAAGUACAAGCCACCUCCUAUUUCGGGUACAGUGGAAGAAAGGUGUUUAAGUGCCUUAGAGCAUGUCUGCCAAGGACUGGAAUGUUUACAGUAUUUUCCGACCGAAGAUAAUUCCGAGGAAGACCGAAAUAACGUAGAGGAGGAAGAGAAGAAGAAGAAAUAUGAAGAGGCUCAUUUGAACAUGGCUAAACCUUUUCAAGCAAUACCUAUGCCUUAUUCCCCUUUGAAGGAUGAUAAGAAAGAAACGGAAUCCAGGGAGAGUUCUGUGACCAAUAGUUCCAAUCAGAAAAAGAAAUUGAAACAGAAAGAGAACAAAAAAUCAGAGAAGGUUGUUUUGAAAGAUGCAUCUACUGAGAAUGUAGCGAAAGCAUUACUGUGUAAACCUAAAGCUGAAACAUUGCCCACUUGGCAAGCUCCCAAGAAGAGUGAUAACAUUAGUUGGAGUGCUCACUUGAAAACAUUGUUAUACGAGAAGGCUUCGUUGAUCUUUGCCGUACUCGCUGAACAUGAAUACGUGAAUAGGAAUUACGGCGCCUCACUGAGGUAUAUGUUAGCAGUUCUACGGUGUCAACAAAUCUUAGAGCUCUUUUGUGGAAUAAGAAACGACAAAUCGAUCAGUUAUUUAUUGGGCCGCGCAGGGGAUUGUUGCUUUAUGACUGUGCAGGAUUGGUGUAACAUAGAGAAGCAUAGAAGCGAUUAUGAAAUGAAGAAUGAAACCGAGGAAAAACUAGUGGAAGGAAUCUGUAAAAUGGAAGAUCUGGGCAUGAAUGAUGCUGAAUUACUACCACAACAUUUAGAAAGCUUAGAAUCUACUCUAGUAGCGUCCUAUAAGUGUUACGAGAAAGCGUUAUCGCUAGAACCAUUGGAAAUGGAUAAAAAUAAUCUUUUAAGGCGAUUAGGGAACAUUCACAACGAGUUAGGUGUUCUCUAUAUGAAUCAGGCUGGAACGCGAUAUCAGCAAGAAAGUAUAGCUUGUGAGGCAUCAGGGUCUACGCCUGAUGAUGUAACAGUUUUACUUAGUCGCUCGCUCACUCAUUUAGAAGCAGGAGUUAAGGCUUUCGAAACUGUCCACGACAAAGCGAAUUUAGCACUUUUACAUUCAAAUACUGGAAGGCUUAUGCGACUUUGCGCACACAUGCACGUCAAACAAAACACUCAAGAGCGUCAUUUUUACAACAAAGCUCUAGCAAGCUAUCAGAAAGCACUACAAGUCUUGGGAUCUAGGAAGACGAACCUUGUGAUUUGGGAUACUGUGACGUGGGAUCUAUCUACCACAUUGUUCACUAUGGCUACACUGUUGCAAGACUACCCUACAAGUGGAUGCAAGACCAAAGAAGAGCUGGAACGAGAAGUCGUUGAUAUAUUGCAAAAAGCUCUAAAACAUUGCGAUACAGAAACAGCAGGACUACGGCAACCCGUUUAUCAAUUCCGGGCAGCGACCAUUCAACAUCGUCUAGCGUCUUUGUAUCACCGUGUAUACAGGGAAUAUGAACCAGACACGGAUAAUACUAGAAGAAAAACAAGUUUGCAGCUAUGCAAGCUGUACUAUGAGAAAGCUGCAAGGCUCUUGCUAGCAUUGGAGCAGACCACAGAGUUUCUGACGGUUCAAAUGGAAAGAGUUGCUUUGGCUGAUCAUCAAGCACGUUGUGCUACAACCAUUAAUGGAAAAUUGAAAGCCUAUCAGAAUGGUCUUCAACUGAUACUACAGUGUGGAUCCAUUAUGGAUAUGUUGUGUGAAAGAAAUAACUUUCAAAAACAAAAAACUGAGAGUACAAAUGACAUCAGUAAUAAAACAGGGAAAGAAAUCAUAGAGGGAAAAGGUAGUGAAGACCAGAAGUUGACGGAAGAUGAAGAAAAUCUAGUGGCGUUGCUUGAACAGAGAUUGCAAUUUAUCUUGAGAACUCUGACCAAACUAUUUGUCACAAAAAACAGUAACAGUAAUAAAAAAGAGUAUGAAACACUGGUAGGUCUCUACAAACAGUGUUAUAGUCGAUCGUUACGACUAGUCACCAUGACUGGUUUCACGUUAAUAGAGCACGUUGCACAACUUUUACGAGAAUUGAAGAAAAUGUUACCGUCUACGGAAUGUUGA